AUGGAGAAAGGCGGGAAGCAGGUGAUAUUCCGCUUCAAAAAUCCGCCGGCACAACCAAGGGCGUCACGGAAACAGUCGUCGCUCGUUUGCGAAGGCCAAUCGGGUGAUCCAGUGUACCAUCCACGAAAGGCACAUCGCAAAUCCCGAACUGGUUGUGUAAACUGCAAGCAACGACGGAUAAAGUGUGAUGAGAUAAAGCCAUGCUGCCGGAGAUGUGAGAUUUAUGGCGUAGAUUGCACUUACUCAUCUCCAAAAUCAUCACCCAAGAUGCAGCCAUUGGCGAUGUCUGGAUAUACUCCCUCACCGGACGGACACUGCCAAAAUAUGGCAGCGAGCGAUUUGGCUUGUCAUCUAGAGCGUCUUUUGUGUCACACCGAUAAUGUCUUUGUAUCGGGGUCAUUCCGUGCACAGGCAUACAAGUGUCUAUAUCUUUUUAUCAACAGACUUUCUGGAAGAGUCCCCGCGACUCCAACCUUCGCCGCGGUUAUCAAGGGGGAUAUGAUUCGGCUGGCAUUGCAGACACCGUACCUUAUGCACGCUAUAUUAGGAAUCUCCAACGCGUAUUUAGCAAGGGCCUUGCCGAGUUCUGCAUGCUACAGAGUUCGAGAGACUCGCCAUCUCAUAGAUGCGCUUCGUCUUUAUCAGCAGGAGUUGAAGUCCCAGAUCACCAAGGAUAACAUGGACGGAAUAAUGUCGACGUGCAUGUUAUUAUCGGAUGUCCCUCUAUUGGAAGUGGAAAACUCACCCUCCGACUCAUUCGUAUUCUCCUCUGACCCUUCGGCCCUAAACUGGCUUCUAAUGCAAUCCGGCCUCUCACGCCUACUUCCGUACACUCAACCGUACCUUUCAGAAAGCAUCUGGUUCGUGCCCUUCAUGGAAUCGUAUAACGAAUAUCUAAAAACUAGGGACCGCCGCACCGGUCGGGAAGGACUCCACGCUGAGCUUGCCCAGUUAUGCGAAAUAAAAGACGACAGCAACGACGAGAACAACACGUACCAUGAAGCCCUCCGAAGCCUCAUGCCGAUUCUGGACAUGGAAACUAACCACACCAACUUUGUGACCAUGGCUUCAUAUAUGGGUAACCUGAAGCCUAAGUUCACCGCAUUAAUUGGGAACAGGGAACCUAGAGCGCUUCUUAUUUUAGCGUUCUGGUUGGGCAAAAUGUGCGAAGAUCCGUCCUGCUGGGUUUAUGCGAGAAUGCAUAUGGAAUGUCUGGCUAUCUGCAUGUAUCUUGAGAGCAAUUCGGAUCCCCGAGUAGUUGGUCUUUUGGAAUACCCGGCGUCUCGGUGCGGUUACGCGUUAAAACACAACUAAGAGGACGGUUCCCUUCGGCUGGGAGAAAUGGAAUAUGCUGUAGGCAAAAUGCGUUUUGAAAUGUUUUAAAAAGGGCUUUUGUUUACCCCCCUUUACCAAAAGCGUUUACCUCAUGAAAUUAAGCCGCGAUAAAU